UGCGUUUGAACGAUUGAUCGAGUUUUCUCCGCGCAUAUAUCACUUUCUCCGACGCGACUGUUAAAAAUCCAUUUAAAACGAGUCACUAAAAUAAGGAGGAAAUAAAAAGAAGCGAAACAUGGGACGGUGAGUGACAGCUGAAACAGAUUUUCUUCGAGAAGAACAUGGAAACAUUGAAGAAACCAGGAAUCGCGCGCAAUCACGUGUCCUCGCCGGCGAAGGUGUAUUAUUUAUCGUCCCGAGUCUCGCUGGUGAUUCUACUGAGGAUCGAAGAUACUUUGAGGAAAGGACAAACUCGCGUCUCCGUUUGAUCGCCGAAAUUAUCGCAUUCUUCAAGAAUAUCCUUGGAUUGAACGUCUCGAAGCUCUUGUGGAUGACGAUCGUAAUAACUCCUGCAGAAAGGAACAUUGUAACAACAUGCCCACGUGGAACCAGAUUCAGGCUCAACUGCGAAACCCCAACAACCCGGUUGUCUUCUUCGACGUGUCGGUGGGCACCACGGAGAUAGGUCGUAUGAUCUUCGAACUGUUUGAGGAUGUGUGCCCGAAGACGUCGGAGAACUUCCGGCAAUUCUGCACUGGCGAAUACAGGAAGGAUGGAGUUCCGCUGGGUUUCAAAGGUGCCAUCUUUCACAGAGUGAUCAAGGAUUUCAUGAUACAAGGUGGUGAUUUCGUCAACGGCGACGGUACCGGGGUGUUGAGUAUCUACAGUGGUGGAACAUUCCCAGAUGAGAACUUCACUUUGAAGCACGACUCCCCUGGUUUGUUGUCUAUGGCCAACAGCGGCAAAGAUACCAAUGGCUGUCAGUUCUUCAUUACGUGUGCCAAGUGUAACUUUUUGGAUGGCAAACACGUAGUCUUUGGCAGAGUAAUCGAUGGAUUACUUGUUAUGAGAAAAGUGGAAAAUGUUCCUACCGGACCAAAUAAUAAACCAAAAAUUCCAGUUACGAUAUCUCAGUGUGGACAAAUGUAGUAAUAAUGUUAUUUAUUUAUAUUUGUACGACAUAUUCAUUUGUGUAUUACAUUAUAUUGAUAUAAUUGUACGUGCCUGCUCAAAAAAAAAAAAAGAA